CGAGGAGGAGAACGAGGAGGAGAACGAGGAGGAAGGAGAGGAAGAGGAGGAGAACGAGGAGGAAGGGGAAUCAACAGAGGAGGAAUCAACAUAGGUAGAGGAAGACAAGAAGGUGCUCAAAGAGGACCGAAUCUGACAAACGAGAUCCGUGCAACACUGGUUGACCACGUUGUCAACCAUGGCCUGACGCUGAGGGAGGCUGGACUGCGAGUGCAGCCAAAUCUAAGCCGAUACACAGUGGCAAGUGUGAUAAGAACAUUUCGACUGGAAAAUAGGAUUGAGGGUCAGGAACGACAAGGGGGAAGGCCUCCUAUGUUCACAGAACAGCAAGAGAGGGAGAUUGUAAACAUGGUUUUGGCAAACAAUGCUAUAACACUCAAUCAGCUCCAAGCAAACAUUAUCAAUAACCACGCCAGUUUCAACGAUAUCCAUCAGGUUUCAACAUCAACACUGGCACGCAUCCUAAAGAAAAACCAUAUUCAAAUGAAGCAAAUUUAUCGAGUGCCUUUCGAGCGCAAUUCCAAAAGGGUGAAACGACUGCGGCAUGAUUAUGCAGAGGGAGUUUUACAAAUGGAUGGAGAGGAGAUCCAGCAUGAGUUCAUUUAUGUAGAUGAGGCUGGGUUCAACCUGACGAGAACACGAAGGAGGGGAAGAAACAUCAUUGGCCACAGGGCUAUAGUCAAUGUCACAGCGCAACAUGGUAGUAAUAUAACACUCUGUGCAGCCAUUACACAGAAUGGGGUCCUCCACCGCCAUGCCCAUAUGGGCCCUUACAACACAGCACUCAUACUUACAUUCUUGGACCAAUUGCACAACAUAACAGCAGAAAAUCAGAUCGAUCAUAUGCAAUACAUUGUUGUCUGGGACAUGUGUCUUUCCACCGCUCUGCUCUGGUUCAGAACUGGUUUCAGCAACAUCCACAUUUCACCGUCCUAUAUCUUCCACCAUACUCUCCAUUCCUCAACCCUAUAGAAGAAUUUUUCUCGGCAUGGCGGUGGAAGGUAUAUGAUCUCCGUCUCCAGGGUGAGGUACCCCUCAUCCAAGCCAUGGAGGAGGCCUGUGACCAGAUGGAGGUAGCAGCAAUGCAAGGAUGGAUAGGUCAUUCAAGACGUUUCUUUCCAAGGUGUCUUGCUAAUGACAACAUUGCCUGCGAUGUUGAUGAAAUUCUCUGGCCACAUCCAGCUAUGAGACAAUGUCUAGUUUUUUUUCAUUUGCUUUUUACAGUUAUCUUACAGUACAAUACGUAAAGUGACAUUUUGUUACAGUAUUAUGAAUCUCCAUGUCAACAUUUUGGGCAUGUUGAGAAAUAAAUGAGUUUCUUCCGUCUAGAACAUUGGUCUUGUGUAGUGUUUGGUGGAUUUACAUUAUAUUUGUACUUUGUUGAUGGUAGCCUACUCUAAUCAUAGGGAAGUAGAAGUACUGAAAGUGUUUUAGGUUUAUCACAGCAGUGUGUAACUCGUGCAAACAGAGUAUAGUAAUGUGAAACGUGUGUGUUUCAUAUGGUAACAAAGUGUGUUUUUUAAACCGAAGUCUAUAGUUUUUACAAGAGUGUGUAAUUAUGCAAAGGAUCUGUAGUGUUUUGCUAAUUGGGUGUGUGGUUGUGCUAAUUGUGUGUAGUAUUUUGAAAACACGGGCCCUGUUUUGAAAAUCGUGCUUAAGCAAUCCAAAAAAACUGUAAUAGCAAAUAUAAAUUAUCGUAUUGAGAUGAUUUUGCAAUAUUUAUUGGAGCAAAUGCUGAAAACAACUCUGAAUAAUAUUCAACCAAUUAUGUAAAAAUGGUAAAAAAACACAUUAUUGCACUUAAGUAAAGGAUUUUUAAUCCACAUUAUUCCACGAUUGUUGAAUAAAUUAACACUGAAGUGCUUUUAUUUAUGUCAAUGCUGAUAACAAGAAAUCACCGUAGUGAUGAACAGUGAUGUCUUAUAUUGUAAUUACACUUAAAGGGUUCAAAUGAAAACAACCUUUAUUCAUCUUCACAACACAAGUUUAAAACAAGCUUUCUUGUCUUUUGUCGAGGUCACUGGCCCUUGCAACAGAAUUGACAUUCACUUUUUCCUUUGUUCUUUUGGGGGAAAGUUACACUGUAAUAUUGUUUUAUUAUAAAAUAUCAGAAAUUAGAAAAAAACAGAUUUUAAGGAACAUUUCUUUUAUCACUACAUUUAUGGUCAAAUAUAGAGACCCCCUUCAUUCUGAUGCGUUAUUAAAGGGGUCAUAUGACACGGCUAAAACAACGUGCAUGUUUGUAUCUCCUCUCUGAAACGUGCAGAUAUUUUAACAAAGCUCAUGGCUCUGAAAAGUGAGGUGUGCUCUGAUUGGCCAGUUCACCAGUGUGUAGUGAUUGGUGGAAUACUGCAAGCAUGUGAGGGAAAUGUAACGCCUCUGACCAUAUUUGGAACAUCAGGUUCCUCUUCAAUUGUACUUACAGGUAUACCAUCUUACUUGAGUAUAUAUUUGUGCGGUCUUAGUCACAUCAGAACACCAAUUGAUGUAGAUUUUUGGGGGUGUGGUUACACGAGGGGUUUCAGGCAGGUCUGGGUGAGCAUUUGCUUUCAGUUAGAAUGAUUCUUUUGUUCCCACACUUUCAUUUAUGCCAUUUUAUGUGUCUAAUACAUGCAUGAGCAACUUAAAACACACCAAAGACACAGAAAAACAUGUAUUUGCGCCAUUUGACCUCUUUAACUCAUGUAUGGGUAUUAGUGGUGGGCAUAGAUUAAUUUUUUUAAUCUAGAUUAAUCUAGAUUAAUCUUGGAAUUAAUCUAGAUUAAUCUAGAUUAAAAUGGCUCAUUUGAAUUCUGCCGAAGGCAUUCAGAAUAUGUGUGCUACCCAAAUAAUGACUAAAAGUAAGUCUUUGAGAACGGGUUUCUCAAGCCAGGUGGCGCAUUAGACCAGGGGCUCAUCUCCUGUUUCCAAAAUGCAUCACAAACUGCUUGAGAAAGCUGUUCUACUAUGAUAAUUGGUGAUGAAAAUUAAAUUAUGUUCAAUAAAAUGAACUUGUGUUUACUUCCUCAUUAGCUAAGGGAUGCUUUCGUUUAGGUGGUACUUGACUGGAAGAGCUCCUACAGUACAUUUGCAUUUAGUCAUUUAGCAGACGCUUUUAUCCAAAGCGACUUACAAAGAGUCAGGGAGCAACAAGCGAUAUGUCAUACAGGAGCCAUAAUACAUUAGAUCUCAAUACAAAGUUACUGGUUUCAACUAAAGCUAGACCACUACCUGUUGAGAGAAAGUGUUUUUUUUUAAACCAAUUCCUUAUUGCACAAGGUGCAAACAACCUUAGUCUUGUCGAUGUUUCUAUUGGGAAGCUUCUUAAAAAUUAAUAUUCCCUGAAGCAAACCCGGCGGCUUCAUAGCUGCAUCCAUGUUAGCACGUCACGUUUGAUGCGGUAAUUUCACAGUAACGUUAUGUUGUGUUCAGACCAAACGCGAAUGGCGUGUCAAGCGCGAGUGAUUUAUAUGUUAAUGCAAAGAGGCAAUAGACCUACUUGCUGCGCGAAUCGCGCGAAUGAAGCCCUGGUUAUGAGAUGAUGAGGCGGCUUCUUCUUCCGCGAAUGACGCGAAUCACGCGAGUUGAAAAAUCUUGUUCUCGCCCCGUACAGUGCAAUUCAGCUAGGUACACAUCCACGCUAAAAUAUCAAGGUGAAAGACAUCAUAGCUUGCGUAGUAUAGACCCAGCUCCCAACACAACUUUGAGAAUAGAUUAACGGCGACAUUUUUUUUAUCGCGCGAUAACGCCGUUAACGGCCCACCACUAGGGUAUAUUAGAUUAUUCAAUAUGAUAUUGUUUGAUAUUUUAAGUGAAUAUAGUAGAAACAUGUGUUUAAAGCAAAACAUAUCAACUAAUAUUGUGCAACAGAAUUUAUUCUAAACUUAGAGCUGUAAUACUAAAGUUAAAGCACCACUUUCUCAAAAGAUUUAACAUUGAACACUUUGAAUAGUAUUCAGCAUCAUAAACUAGUGAUAUUUGACUAAAUAUGUGAUUGUACAUGUCCUGUAAACUUCAUGAUGAUCAUGAUGAAGUAUUUAAACUGAAUGUUUAUCAUCAUCACUGUGAUUUUCUUUCUCAGACGUGUGUGUAGCGUGAACUGAACACAUGAACAGAAUAUUUCCAAAUAGAGGAAUCUCCCCCGCCUGAAAGAAUCACUGAAAUGAGGAAUUGAGAUUUAUUUCACCACAGUCCUAAACUCUUCCCGUGUGCCUUUUUGAAUGUGUGAAAAGUUUUGAAAAUGUGGUUUCAGUAUUCAGAAUUUCCAAUUCCCAGCAUGCUUUGCGUCAGACUGCAUCUGAGAGUAAAUAAAAAUAUAUAUUUUUAAUAUGUUUUAGUAAAGUUAAAGACUUGUUAUUGUUUAAUGUUCACUUCUCUUAGAUAUUUAGAAGAGUUUGACAUAUUUUUCAGAUUUGUGGUUACCAUUGUUCAGAAGAGUGGUGCAUGUGCCUAGUGUCACAAAUCACAUUAACAUUCCGGCAUGGAUCAGAUGCUUUUAUCCAAAGCGAUUUACAGAGAAGAUAAAGGAAACAAAACAGUGAAAACUAUUUGUCAAUAGGAGUAGAGAAAUAGAGAAUAGAGAAAUGUCUCUGAUAUAAAGUGUGUAGUGUGAAUAUACUGUGUGUUUACAGUUUGUCUCGAUUGCUUAAACACAUUAAAAAAAAUUAUGUCUCCUUUUCUUGAAACUCUAAACACAAAUCCAUAACUUUUCACCCAACUCAUUAAACAUCCUAUGUUGUAGCGAAAAACAACAAACAAGCUUUAGAAAAAAAUACAAAAUUACACCACUGAUACGGGAAGUAAUCUUAGAUGAAAGUAGAUAAAAUAGACAAGUUCAAAACUUGGAUAUGCAACACAAUACAGAAUACAAUUGCACAAAUAUAUAAAUAAACAUGGCAUCCUCUGCACCUUUGGCCCAAAUUUCGAUACGGGAUACUAUUGCAAUUUCUUGGUCUUCUGACAAAAUAUAUUUUGUAAGUAGUCGUCUCUGAGUAAAAAAUGCUACAAAUAAUCUUGACGAUCACAGAUUAGAGGAUGUACACGUGCUACAGUUUACUGGGUCCAGAAUAGUGAAAUGUCUCUGAUAUAAAGUGUGUAGUGUGAUGAGACUGUAUGUUGACUGUAAGUAUAAAGUCCAGUAGAUGAUUGUAGGAUGAGCUCCUGUUGAUAUGAUCCUGAGAUUCUCAUGUGUGUGUCAUCAGUUUUGACACUGAAUGUUCACUGACUGAUAAAUGUGUGUUAUUAGAGUUUACAUGUAGACACUUCACUUCAUUAUAUUGUGUGUUUGUGUCUUCUGAAUGAGAACAUGCUCAAAUCUUUGCAAAUUGAGGCUGUUUGUGUGUGCGGUUUGUACAAGUUGGUGUGUUGUUCUGAGAAUGUGUUUAUAGUUGUGAGAAAAUGGUGAAUUGUUUCAUGAAUCACGUGUUAGCAAUCGAGAAGAACUGUAAAGCACAGAACUCAGGAUGGGUUAGAAAUGACAAGUAAUGUUUCGGAGCAGCUGACUGCUGUUAAACUAAUGAGAAAUGAAACAAAGUUGAAAUGAUGCGAUGAUGAUGUGAUGAAACACAGUCACGUCACGUGACACACACACAGUUGAGGGCGUUGAGAAGUAUUUUGAGGGCAGUUGACUUGAAGAGGUCAUGAUGAUCAGAGGUGUUGUUCAUCAUCAGAUGCUUUCACUGAAGAGAUGCUGUCGAUCUGUUCAUCACUGCUCAGCUUUAAUCUACAGACAACAUUCACGUGAUGUGGACACGGUCAGAAUGGAGGAGAUGAUGUUGCGUCCCGUCAGAGGUCAUGAUGUGAGGCUGAAGAUGCUCGCUGCACCCGUCAAUCCAGCUGACAUCAACAUGAUCCAGGGUUCAUACCCGAUCCUGCGUCCUCUGCCUGCUGUGGGGGGGAAUGAGGGGGUGGGAGAGGUGUUAGAGGUGGGCAGUGAUGUCACAGCUCUCAAGCCUGGUGAUUGGGUCGUGCCCAUUGAUGCUGGAUUUGGUACCUGGAGGACAGGUGUUGUGUGUGAGGAUGAAGAUGUGAUGUCUGUAUGUAAACACAUCUCUGUAUUGGGAGCUGCUACAGUGUUUGUGAAUCCCUGCACUGCAUACAGAAUGCUGAAAGACUUUCAAGCCCUCACACCAGGUUGUACAGUCCUUCAGAACGGAUCGAACAGUGCGGUGGGACGUUCCGUCAUUCAGAUGGCUUUAGCUCUUGGGCUUCAUACUAUAAACAUCAUCAGAGACAGACCAAACUGCGCAGAACUGAUCCAGGAGCUGAAGUCACUGGGAGCUGAUUAUGUCCUCACAGAAGAGGAAGUGAUGUCACCAGGGCUUCACGAGAUCUUUAAGGAGGUUCCUAAACCUAAACUGGGUCUGAACUGUGUUGGAGGUUUGAGCGGAGGACUCGUUUUGUCUAAUCUUGAUCAUGGAGGUACGAUGAUCACUUAUGGAGGCAUGGCCAGAAAACCCCUUCAGAUACCUUCUAAGUCUUUAAUAUUCCAGAAUGUGACUCUGAAAGGAUUCUGGCUCACUCAGUGGAAGAGAGACCACAGGAAAGAUGAAGUUCAGCUGAAGCUCAUGUUAGAUCAUGUGUGUGAUCUCAUGAGAGACGGUCGUCUGACCCCCCCACCCUGUGUCUUGACUCCAUUUCAUCAAUACACACACGCAUUACACGCUACUGUACAAUCACACCAGCGCAAACAUGUUCUUAUCAUGUAGACU